AUGAUGAGAACUCCACACUUUCUUCCCUGCCUUCUUUUCUUAUCCCUGUUCCAAAUCUUAAUUCCACUUCUUGUUUCCGGCCAAUGCAACGACGAUCAAAGAUCGACGUUGCUGCAGCUAAGGAGCACCCUUGAGUAUAAUUCCACUUAUUCCACCAAGUUGGUGACAUGGAACCAAAGUGAUGACUGCUGCAGAUGGGAAGGAGUAGGCUGUGAUCGUGCAGGCCGUGUGACCAGCUUGAACUUGGAGAACGAGACGAUUGCUGGAAGGAUCGAAAACUCGACUGCUCUUUUCAGUCUUCAAUCUCUUGAAAGCCUAAAUCUGGCUUUCAACUUGUUCAAGCGUGCGCAGAUUCCAAAGGGGCUUCAAAAUCUGAGCAAUUUGUCAAACCUGAAUUUGUCAAAUGCUGGUUUUGGCAGACAGGUUCCGAUUAAACUUGCAGAGUUGAGAAGCCUGGUUACUCUUGAUCUGUCCACCUUGUUUGGAGGAGCUCUAGUACUUGAGAAUCCAAAUCUGCGGGGGCUUGUUCAGAAUCUUCCAAGGCUGAGAGAACUUUAUCUUGAUAAUGUCGACAUUUCUGCUCAAAAAAGUGACUGGUGCCAAACAUUAUCUUCUUCUCUGCCCAACUUAACGACGCUGAGCUUGCGCAGCUGUGGUCUAUCAGGCCCUCUUGAUGCUUCCCUUGCAGGGCUUCAUUCUCUGUCAGUUCUACGCCUUGAUGAUAACAAUCUAUCAACAAUGGUACCGGAGUUCAUUGCAAAAUUUUCAAAUUUGACAACCUUGACUCUGGGAAAUUGCUUUCUGCAAGGUAUCUUUCCAGACGCCAUCUUUCAGGUACCCACUUUACAGAUUCUUGAUUUGUCCAACAAUGAGAAUCUCGGUGGCACCAUUCCCAAGCUUCCAGCGAAUAGUUCUUUAAGGACUAUGGUGCUUAGCCACACUAAUAUGUCAGGUGCGUUGCCAGACUCCAUUGGCAAUCUAAGAAUGUUGUCAAAGAUAGACCUUUUUAGUUGCAACUUUACCGGAUUGAUUCCGACCACCAUCUCUAAUCUAACAGAGCUAGUCUACAUAGAUUUCUCCUUCAACUCUUUCAUUGGCUCAAUACCCCCUUUUAGGAUGUCCAGUAAAUUGACACACCUAGACCUCAGUCGCAAUUCUCUAACCGGUUCACUUUCUUCUAAUCAUUUUGAAGGCCUCUCAAGUCUUGAAUACAUCAACUUAGGUUCCAAUUCAUUGAAUGGGAGCAUUCCUUCUUCUCUGUUUGGUCUCCCUUCACUUCAAUCGCUUCUUCUUUCCAGCAACACAUUUAAUGGCCAGAUUGAGGAAUUUCAAAUUCCAAAUCCCUCUAAUCUGGAUACAGUAGAUUUAAGUUGGAACCAGCUUGAAGGGUCCAUUCCAGAGUCCUUAUUCAAACUUGAGGGGUUGAGUGAACUAUCACUUUCUUCUAACCACUUCAGUGGCACCUUAAAGCUGGAAAAGGUUCAAAGGUUUCCAAAUCUCACAAGACUGGAGCUUGGAUACAACAACUUGUCUGUUGAUACAAGCAGCAGCAAUUCAAGUUCAUCCGAGUAUCCCCAGCUAAGCCAGUUAAAUCUAGCUUCCUGCAACUUGUCCAACUUCCCUGAUCUCAGAAAUCAAUCCAAACUUAUAUUUCUGGACCUCUCAAAGAAUAAUAUCAAGGGAGAAGUACCUAGUUGGAUUUGGAACCUUGGAAAUGGAUCUCUCAUUCAUUUGAAUCUUUCUAGUAAUUUCCUGGUAGAUCUCCAAAGGCCUUUCGAAAUCCCUCUUUUUCUUGCAGUUCUAGACUUACACUCAAACAAACUUAGAGGUGAGUUCCCACUGCCGCCAGCAUCAGCUACCUAUGUAGACUACUCGACCAAUAACUUUAAGCAGGCCAUUCCAGUUAACAUAGGCGAUUUUGAUUUGUUCAUAAUAUUCUUCUCUCUAGCAAACAAUAACCUUUCUGGAAAAAUUCCUCAAUUUCUUUGUAAUGUUCAAGUUCUUGAUUUGUCUGACAACAACUUGAGUGGUAAUAUACCAAAUUGCCUACUAAAAAGUUCUACUCUUGGAGUGCUGAAUCUGAAGAGAAGUAAAAUCAGUGGUGUGAUACCUGAUUUGUUUUCUUCCACCUGUGGCUUAAAGACAUUAGACCUCAGUCAAAAUAACCUAGGAGGAAGAAUCCCGUUGUCCGUUGCCAACUGCACAUCUUUAGAAGUGUUGAAUGUUGGAAACAACAAGAUUGACGAUACAUUCCCAUGCAAGAUGAAGCAUUUUUCCAGCUUGCGCGUUCUUGUUCUGCGCAACAACAAAUUUCAUGGGAACAUCAGUUGUUCUGAGGUCAAGGGGAGCUGGCCAAGUCUCCAAAUCAUUGAUAUAGCUUCCAAUAACUUCAGUGGUGAAAUAAGUCCGAGAUUUAUUAAAAAUUGGAGAGGAAUGAUGCUAGAGAAUGGCAGGGGAGGCCACAUACGCUUUGAUUUUCUGCGUGACUUUUACUACCAGGAUGCAGUAACAGUUACUAUAAAAGGCCUAGAGCUGGAGCUUGUCAAGAUUUUGACAAUCUUUACAUCUAUCGACUUUUCCAGCAAUAAUUUCAGUGGAGACAUACCCCAUACAGUUGGAGAUCUCAGCUCACUUCAUCUUCUCAACUUAUCACACAAUUCUUUCUCUAGUGAAAUUCCAAGCUCCAUUGGAAAUCUGAAACAGCUUGAAUCACUUGACCUUUCUGCCAACCAGCUCUCAGGAAGAAUACCACAAGACCUUUCAAGUCUGAACUUCCUCUCUUUCUUGAACCUAUCCUACAAUAACUUGUAUGGAAUGAUCCCAACAGGUAGACAACUUCAAACCUUUGAGGCAGAAAGCUAUGAUGGGAAUUCAGGACUGUGCGGAUUUCCUUUGAAUACGAUCUGCGUCCCAGAGUCACCGGAGGCAAAUUCACUUGCAAGAUCGAACGAGAGAGAAUACGAUUGGCAAUUGAUAAUCACCUGUUUGGGUUAUGGAGUUGGAUUGAUAUUAGUAUUUGUUCCAGUUGCAUUGUUCAAGAAAUGGAGGGAAUACUACAGCAAGCAACUUGAUCAAUUACUAUCACUCAUCUUUCCCACACUCGGAUUCACUAAAUCAAGUACUGGAAGACGAGGACGUGGACAGAGACUAGGACGAGGACAGGGAAGAGGGCGUUGAAUAAUCAGAUGCUAAGAAAGAGGUAGAGAUCAAAGUAGUGUCCCAUUUACUCAGUGUGCGCUUUAAGCUUUUUUUUCUUUGUUCCUUGACGUUGCCAAUUUGCCAUGCAUUAUAAAUAUU